AUGAGCCAGCCUGUCUGCGCACCGGAACCGGAAGCCAGAGAACCUAUACGGCCAUCCACGUCUGCGCAACAUCUACGACGACAUUGCGAGUGCCGCAUCAUCGAAGCACCAGUGGAGAGAAUUGCCCAGAUAACACGAGAUGGAGACAUACCGCUUUUGAGCAUCCAGACUGGCGACACAGAUAAGCUGAAUCUGGUCGCGAAACCUCAUGAUGGACGUAGACAAUACGUGGUGGUGACUUCAACAAAUUCCGAGGUCAUCAACUUCUCCACGUACAACACCAUCACCACUUGUCAGCUCAUGCAAUUAGCAUAUCCGCUGGGAAAGAUUCAGGUCGAGGAAGUUCGCGCGGAAUUAUGCUUCUGGCUCCCCAAGCUGUGCUCGCCUCCGAGUGCGCGAAACGCUGCCAGAUCUUUGACCGAGGUCUAUAGGAAUGCGUAUGCUGUGAUAGUAGCAGAUCCUGACAUCCUCCAAACUCCCAGAGACAAGGCCCUGGAAGAGUUGCGGACACACCUACCGACACUCUACCGUAGCCAGCCGCAGCUUGCGAUCGUGCGACGCAUCAAGCUGGCAGCAGAUGGUGGUCUAAUAGAUGUGCAGGCGGCUCUCAUGCGGUCCAGGAAUAGCCAGAGGAUAUCCGGAUCAAACGAAGUGCAACAACAGCAGGAAGUAGGAGGUCCAGAGAAAGCGACAACAGAAGAACAAGAGAGGCUUGACCCCGGAGAUUGA